AAAUCUCAAAUAAGCAUAAAAGACUUAAUUAAUUAUUGUUGUUGCGAUUAAAAAGACAUUAAAUAAAAAUUGGAAGCAACGAAAUAUUAAAAAGACAAUAAGAAAAGGAAAAAAAAUGACACAAUAGACUGUGAUUAUUCAUCAUUAUUUGCUUAUGGAGCUUAUGGAUUCAUUGAGUGAAAAUUUCAUUGAUUUGUGUUCGAAUAUAAAAGAUACCAAAAUGUUGCGAAUUCCAACUCUACCGAGGUAACUACGGCUACAAAAUUUCGUAAUUAUCUGAACAUAUUUCGUUGCAACAUUAUUGUAGAAUUUCAAGAAAUAUUAAACGCACAUUCUUAGAAAGCUACACAAAACAAAAAAACAGAAGCAGAAAAUUUAUUAAACACGAAAAAAUUAUUGUAAAAUAAAAAGGAAAUUUUGCAAAAUAAAAUAAAGAAAUAUAAAGAAACUUAAAAGCAACCUUCAGCACGAGUAAGAAACGAAACCAACAAAUUGAUUUCACGAAGAAAUAUAAUCGUAAAAUGGUGUAUUGCAGCUCAACAAAUAUGAGCUCACAAAACGAAUCAGAAGUAGAGAGUUUAUUGAUGAGUCCAUGUUGGAAUUCAGGAUCAAAUGGUCAAGAUUAUUUACUCGAUGGUCACAAAUUACUUCUAGAUCAUGAUUUGGAUUCACUGCCAAGUGAUUCAGAGACACAAAAAUCAUCAUUAGAUUUACUAGAUAAUUUAUUGUCAAAUUCUACAUCCAUAAGUAAUACGAAUUUAGCCGAAUUGAAACCACUGCCACCGUUUACAGGCUAUACGGGUCAUUUAUCGAUAAAUGGAAUAUCUGGACAUCAUUAUCAUGCUAUAGCGCAGAGACUACCUGAAGAGAAUAAUAAUAACUAUUCACAAAGUUCAUAUCAAACGUCAUGUAAUGGCUCAAACAAUAACAAUGGAGACAACAAUAUUGUAUCGUCGUCUACUUGUCUACCCGAUUCAGUACUUAAUCCUGAUGGUGCUGACUCGUGUCUAUCAGACGUUAAGCUCUUCUCAGAUAGUUCAAUAGAUAGUAAAAUUUAUUCCAUAACAACAGCCGAUAGUUGUGUAAUCUCUUCAGGUCGAGACUCAGUGUCAAAUAGAAAUCAAAAUAGUACUGCCACAAAAAUCUAUGUCGAUGCAAAAGAUCUCGUCGAAUAUGACAUGAGUUCAAUUGAGGAUAUCGCUGCAAUAAUUGGAUCAGCAAUUGCAGACACAACGGUACCGAAUAAUCGCAGUGAUGGAGAUACGGGAGGUGAUACGAGAGAUUCAUGGAUGGAUUUAGAUGCAUGGAUUGAAGAAACAGUUGUGCCUCAAGAUAGUAAACUUAUUGUAUCACAAAAUGAUGCAUUAAAUGACUUUUUACUGCCACACUCGCCCCUUCAAUCAUCUGGCUCGACGUUACAGAGCCUCCUUACACAUGGCUACAUGCCGCUUCUACAAAAUCGUUUACAAAAUGGCCCACCGAUAAAAAUAGAAGCACAAUCAACUUCAUAUUGUAAUGAUAUGAUUUCAACUUCUACUAGUCCACCGGGUUCUGUGUGUUCAACAACAGAUAAUGUUAUGUUAAAUGGCAACCGAUACUUAUCUUCAUCUAAUAAUUCUAGUAGUAAUAAUAACAAUAAUAAUAGCGGUUCUAAUAACAAUAACGUGCAAGCAUAUCAAAUAAUUAAUGGACUCAAAAGUGAUGGCAUUUGUAGUCCUGAGCUUAUGGGUAAUUUUCCACAUACAACAACAUCAUCAACGUCCUCAACUACAAAAAUCAAACGGCCGCGGAAUCCAAAGAAAUCACAAUCUCACAUAAGUGUGUCAUCAGGUGCUAAUCAUCAACAGCAACUACAACAGCAACAAGUACAAAAUCAAACAAACGUAUCAGUCUCAGCUCAUGGUUUUCAAUCACCUAAUGACUUAAGUGGAUUACUUGGGAAAGAGAAGCCCGUUCAUCGGUGCACAAUAUGUAAUCGAGGAUUCCUUAAUAAAAGUAACAUUAAAGUUCAUCUACGCACUCACACUGGAGAGAAACCUUUCAGAUGCGAGACGUGUGCAAAAGCUUUCAGACAAAAGGCACAUCUCAUAAAACAUCAACAAAUUCAUAAACGAAUCGGACGUGAUUGAUUAUCACCAACAAAACAAACGAAGAAAUUAGAACGGAUAGAAAGUUUCGAAUCAUAAAAAAAAUUUAAUUUUUUAAAAAAUCGAGGAGAAAUACAACAAGAUAGUAUCUAUUUGUGAUCAUUUAAUUUGGCAACAAGCUUUUUUAUAUGUUUUAUAUCUGAAAGUGAAAUUAAUUAAGAUAAAGAUGUAAAUUAAUGAAUACAGUCUUAAUUGAAUCAAUCAAUUCACG